AUGAUCCUUGACGAUUCUUCCUCAAAAGCAUUGAAGGAAUAUCUCAUUCAACAAUUAGAACCAAUAAGCGACGCAGAACCUGCAGUACUUGCAGAAUAUGUUCUUGCCUUGUUGAAACACGAUGUUUCUAGUCAAGAUCUAAGACAACUCUGUAUAAGCCAACUUGAUGAUUUUCUAAAAGAAGAAACGGAACCUUUCGUCCGCAAACUUUUUAACGAGUUAUCUAAUAAAGAGUAUUUGGGUGAGAGAAUUUCCUCCCCUUCAACAAAUCAUUAUGAGCCGACUACUUCCAAUAUUCAAGCUUCAUCAUCAUAUUUUACACCGGCUGAAAAGAAAUCUUCCAAAACUUUAACGCAACAGGAAGACCACAACACUGAUGUCGGUUCUCUAACAACAAAGAUCGGUGAUGCAAGGAAACGAGCAGACAGUGAAGCCUCUGAAGAGGAUGAUGAUCGAAAUUUCAAACAUCGAGAGCGUGAUGGAGAAAAUCGAGAUGAUCAUCGACGUCAUGUUGAACGACAAUCCAGUUUAAAUAGUCGAGAUGAAGAAAAAGAAACAACAAAAAAUAAAAGAAUUCGCAGUGAAAGUGUUCCAACUGGACCUGCGGCUGAAUAUAAUAACAGUAACUUACAAGAUGAUCGUUCUUCCAAACGUCGUCGAGACGAAUCCGAGGAAGAUUUUCGGAAUAAUCGACCGAGCAAUCGAAAUUUUAUGCCAAUAACACCUAAUCCUUCAGUAUCCAAUAUAGGUGGUCCUGGUAGAUGGGGCAACGACUGGAAUACUAAUGGUAUAAAUGGAUUAGGAGAUCGUUUCGAUGAUAGAAAGAUGCGUGGUGGAAGAAUUAAUGAUCGUGGUGGUGCCCGUGGUAGACCUUUAGCUGUGAAUCGUGGGGGGUUUCCCGAUAUUAGAUCAAGUAGACAAUCGAGAUGUCGAGAUUAUGAUGAAAAAGGAUACUGCAUGCGUGGUGAUCUGUGUCCCUUCGAUCACGGAGUUGAUAGAAUCGUAGUGGACGAUGUUCCCUUAAACCGUCCCUUUGAAAUAAUACCUCCGAUUACUGGCACACCUUUAGCAGCGAAUGUUGGUAUGAUGGGUGCAGGAAGACCACCUUUUUUCAUGGGUACAGGGGGUGUACAUAAUCAAUUCGACAUCGAACCUCCAUUCCAAACCCAGCAGUCUUCUCGCUCAAUGACUCCAAACGCUGAUGCUUACGAUCCUGAACGUGCUGCUUUAUCAAGACCAGAAGAUUUAAUAUCUCCAAUCACUGCGGAGAAUAAGGACAUUGAAAUUCAAUCGAAUUCCGACAUUCCGAAAACGAAUUCUAGUCUUACACUCUCACCCACUACACCAAGUAUACCACACUAUAUUGAGCAUACUAACCCGCAUCCUACACGAAAUACGCUUUUCAGGGGACGUCCGCGUGGUCGUGGUGCUCGUGGGGGUAUCAAUCGCGCUGGAAGUGGAAGUGGCCAAGCCAAUAAAAAUUCAACUUUAGUUGUUGAAAACAUCCCUGCAGAAAAUUGCACCAUCGAUAAAGUAAAUGAAUUCUUUAAGAAAUUUGGUACCAUUACCAAUAUCAAUGUUGAUCCUUCCUUUCAAAAAGCCAUUAUCCAAUUUAGCACAAGCCAAGAAGCUUCUAAAGCAUAUAAUUCUCCGGAACCAAUCUUUGACAAUCGAUUUGUCAAGGUCUAUUGGCAUAAAACAGAUAAGGAGGAACAUCCGGCUACAAACCCUUUAUUAACGAAGCAAGCGGUUGCGCCUGCAAUGAAACAGGAAGUAACUUCGCAAUCUUCUCCGACUGAAGUUCAAGCUCUCUCCAUUUCUGAAAAGCAAAAAGAAAUGGAUGAAAAAGCAAAGAAACAAAAAGAAAAUCUUAAAGCCAUGCUUGAAAUUCAGAAAAAAAGAGAGGAGCUAAUUCAACGUCAAAUAGAAGAACAAAAUAAAUUAAUUGAACUUGCCAAGAAAAAAACUGGCGACGCAAAAGGCCGUGAAGAACUUUUUGGCAGCUUGAGCAAAAUUUCCGAAGACAUAAAAAAAGACACAAGUAACACAGUUCUUAAACCAAUUAUUACCGGAUCAACGCCACUUCUAAGCAGUGGAACGCUUUCUAAAAGCAUCAUGGAGGAAAAAGAACGGGAACGAUUAGAUCGUGAACUUGACUUGUUGAGCAAAUUAAAUGAAUCUGGUGGUGCUCCUGAUUCCGCUCUCGGUAAGCUAACUUUGGCUGAUACUUCCCCAACAAAAUCAGAAUUAGCAAAAGUAGAGGGUGAAUCAACGACAACUACCAGCAGCACUAAUAGUUUAACAGAUUCAACGUUCUAUAAAUCUCGCGGACGAGGAGGAAUUUUCGGAUAUCGUGGUAGAGCGCGUGGUCUUUGGCCUCGAGUGCGUGGCGGAGGCGUCACGCGUUCCUAUAAACUUGAUAAUCGGUCUACAAAAUUAAUCGUGAAAGAAAUACCAAGUGGUUCUCAAGAUACGCUUCGUAGUUAUUUUGAGGUGAAAAAAGAGAACAAAAUAAACAAAAAAUUAAAAAAGAAAAAAGAUAAAUUCAAUGAACUUCGUUACUUAUGUGCUACUUCUCUAUAUCAGCAAUUUGGAGAAGUCGAAUCAUUAAACUUUAUCGAGGAAGCUCGAUCGGCGAUAGUUCAAUACAAAAAUAGACACGAAGCCGAACAGGCCCUUAUUAAAGGGCGCAACAUCCCGGACGUUGGUAACGUAUCCAUCAAUUGGCAUAUUGAAACAAAUACAAAUUCAAACACAAACGCGACCGUGUCAACUAUUCCCGAAUCUAAGAGUACAGCAGUCGAACGUAAUGCCGAUACUAAUGGUGAAGUAGUUGGGACAAGAAUUGGAAAUGAAAUAUCAUCAUCCGAAACAACUGUCGUAAAAUCUGAAGCUUUAUUUGAUGAAGACGAUGACGACGAAGAGCGUGAAAGAUCAUGGAAACGUUGA